GGAGAACGUCGAAGUAUUUAGUCUAGUAUAGGAAAAAACGUUGCUUCUUAUUGCGAUCACAGCAGGAUGUUGAGCCGAGGACCUAUUUGUUUCAUUUUUGUCAUGCGGUGAGAAAUCACUCUUUCGGCUUUCCUUUUGGAUGUGGAUCUACUGCGGGGAUUAAAAGGGGCCCUUCUUCUCUAACACUUCUACUAGAGGGUCGAAGUAGUUUAUUGAAAUAGAGUGCGAAUAGUACUACGACAAUAUACAAUAGACUACGUCUACCCACCGUCCAACAACUUGGUUCUCGUGAAGUCUGAUAGGUCGCAAAAAAUGUCGUUAGCAGCCAUGACCCGAACGCUGUUGCGGUUGGCAGUUGCCUCCGUGCUCGUUGCAGGGAGGGACGUGGAGCCCACAGCAGAGCAAAAAGCAGAAUACAUGCGGGACUUUGAUGAAUUCGAUUCCAACAAGGACAGCUUUCUUGACGUACCUCAAUGUCUUUAUCAUUAUCUUUUUUUUCCUCCGAUGGUACUAAUCGUAAUCUUUGUAUCAUGAUGUUCAAGUUCAUUUCAUAUCCAUAUAUUGAUUACGAUCUCAUUACAGACACAAGAAGUCCGCGGAAACUUCAAGGGCGAAGUAGCCGACCGGGAGCUUUGGGAGUUCUACAAGAUGGCGGACAAAAACUUGGACGGCAAGGUCUCUAAGGAAGAGUACAUCAAAUACGCCGCCGACCUGUCUUACAGUAGUGAGACCGAAUACAAGGCGGAAGUGUAGAAAGAACAGCCGGGAACAAGACUUAGUUCUUGACGAGUUUAAGUAUUUUUACGGAAUCUCCACACGACUCGGGGAUGUCGACUUGUUUCACCUUUAUCACGACGGCGACAUGGACAUUGCUGGCAUUGUUGCAACUUCUUCGCAAUAAUACAGCAAAUUAUCGACGGAGGCUGGCUGCUUGUACAUCUUGCGGUUUGCGUUUGGAUUGAUAGGACUACACCCUAUAGAUACAUCUACUUGAGAUCACAGAUUUAACAAGGCGAAUGGGAGCCGUAGGAUUCUUGUCCAAGAGCCACUACGGACAAGGACCUGAGUGCGACGUAUGAGAAACUUCUCAAAGAAUUUUUAAUACGCAGACCUGUUCGGUGGAGCUGCGGCUGCCACCGUUGAUACUGAAGAACUUGAUGUUGUAUCUACCCGCCCCCUGAUACCACCUGACUCUCAUCUAAACCCUAGAACACAGCUGAAGCCAAAAAUUUGUUACUGGACACGCAAGAAGGCUGCCGUGCGCGAU